UCACGCCACGAGUUUAAGCAAAAAAGGUACUUUUUGUUAAUUUUCAAGUGUAUAUUAUAUUAGAAAUAAUGUUCAUCGCGACCGAAGACACGCCACCUUCUUUUAAAGGUUACACCUUAAUAAUGCCUGCUGUAUCGGUCGGAAAUGUCGGCCAGCUCGCUGCGGACCUUAUUAUUUCCACGCUCAACAUGCCACGCGUGGGGCAUUUCCACACGGACUGUUUAAUCCCUAUGGUAGGGAACAAUCCAUACGCUACCUCCUCUGAAGACGCUGCUGAACUGAGCACCAAUGCAGAAGUGUAUGCUCUAAAUGACAUUAAAUUAGCAGUGCUGCAAAUCAGAGCGCCCAUCAUUCAGACCAGAGUCCGAUCAUUUCGCAAGCUCAUAGUGGCUUGGAUCAAAACUAGCGGCUUUUCAAGAACUGUGGUUUUGUCAAGCAGUCACGCCUAUCAGAGGGACGACCGACAGCUCCUUGGCACUUCUCUACGUUAUCUACUGACACCAGCCCUGCAGAAGGAGGCAGAAGAGAGCGUUAAAGAGCUAGAUUGGAGAGAGUUAGAGCGAGUCAGCGCUUUUCCCGGCAUAGCCGAAUCAGAGCAGCGCCUGUAUAUCCCAGGAGGAGGCAUCACCAAGGGACUCUACACUGACUGUUGCUCGGAAAACAUCGCCAUGGCAGUGUUGCUCACAUUCUGUUCGGAGGGAGACAAUGUCCCAGAUGCUUUUGCUCUCGUCAGCUACCUAAAUGACUGGCACCGUCUGGUAGAAAAACAGACAGGGGGAUCAGCACAGUGGAGAGUCCCUCCGUCCUGGAGUUUGCUUUUUGGCAGUGGAAUCCCGCCUGCAAUCUUCUAAAGCUGAACCAGAGCACUUAAAAAAAAAAAAAAUCUUUUUCUUUUUUUUUUACCAUCCACUUUCCUCCAUGUGCAUUGCAUCUGCACCACUGCAAGUCUGCUCCUGUCAUCUCAGGCCAGAAUGCUCCUAUGGGCAUCGCCUUCUCGACUUUUAAACGUUAUCCGUUCACGAUGUGAACAGAAAACUAUAAUUUACUCUAAGCGAAAGGCCUAAAGCCUUUAGACAGCUGAUGGCAGAUGCAUUGUUUGAAAUAUGUUUUUUCCACUUACACACACACA